AUGGAAAUUGGCUUCAUCGGCCACGAGCUCUACGCCACCACCACCGCGCAAGACUCGUCUUCCUCGUCGUCCUCUCCAUCGCCGACCACGUCUCAGCAGCAGCAGCAGCAGCAGCAGCAGCAGCCGGCAUCCGCCACCAUUGACAGCCAGGACGGCAUGACAUAUAUCCCCGUCGAGCGCAUCGUGACCGAGGUCGAUGCCGUGCGUAACACCAUCCUCGUGGGGCUGCUUAUUGCGCUCGUCGCCGCGAGCGUGGCGCUCGGCGGCCUGGCGAUUUACUGCUUCCGGAGGCGCGCGCGGAGAAGGCUACAGAGCAACUACCAGGCGGAGCUGCGGGCGGCGCAGCGGAAGAAGAAGAAUGACGAGGAGAGGGCGGCAGAGUGA